AUGAAGUUCCUGGUUGUCUUAGCACUCCUUGUGGCUGCAGCCACUGCAACUCCGGUGUACCAAAAAACAGCUUUCAUCGAGGACUUCCCAGAGUCUCCCGUCUUGGGUGGACGCAUCACCAAUGGUGAUUAUGCUUGGGAUGGCUUGGUUCCCUAUCAAGCUGGUUUACUUAUAUCGAAGAAUUCUGGGAAUUACUGGUGUGGUGGUUCCUUGAUUGGCUCAAAUUGGAUUCUGACUGCCGCUCACUGCACAGAUGAGGCUCACACCAUCACCGUCUACUUGGGUAGCGUUGUACGUUCCAAUGGCAACCAAUAUGCAACCACCAUCCACUCCCAGGAUAUCCACCAGCACCCCAAUUACAACUCUAAUACUCUGGAUAACGACGUCACUCUCGUGUGGAUCCACUCUGUUUCCUUCUCUGGCAACAUUCAAGCCAUCAGACUGCCAUCUUUCAACCAAUAUAGCAACUAUGAGGGUCAAUGGGCUACCGCAUCUGGCUGGGGUGGCACUUCGGGCAACAACCAAGACCAUUUGCAAUACGUCAGUGUUCAGGUUAUUUCCAACAGCGAAUGCGCUAGCGUCUAUGGCAGCAGCACUGUCACUGACAACACCAUCUGUGUUUCCACAAACGGCGGACGUUCGACUUGCGGUGGUGACUCUGGUGGCCCAUUGGCUGUGGACAACAACCAAGUGUUGAUUGGUGUGACUUCAUUCGUUGCUGCCGCCGGUUGCACCGCUGGUCUGCCAUCUGGUUUCCAACGUGUCAGCCGCCAUUUGGACUGGAUCCGUGGUGUCACCGGUAUUGCAUACUACUAG